AUGUCCUCCGCAAUUCCCCUCGACCGCCUCCUCUCCCGCCUCGACCAAACCCUCCUCUCCUCCACCCCGGAGACCGACCACCGACUACAAACCUCCCAAUACGAACGCAAUCGCGUCGGCGCCAACAUCGAACAUGCACGCGCCAUGCUCCUCACACUGGAGAAACAAUCAGCCACCAUCCGCACACAUCCUCAAAAAUCACAGAUUCAAGCGGAUUUACAGGCGAAACGGGAUUUGAUCAAAAGACUAAAUACACGACUACGGGAGUUGAAUGAUGCGGGAGAGAAAGAGGACGAUGAUGAUAGUGACGACGAGGAGGGCGAGGACAUUUUACAUUCGUACGCGCCGGCAAGGAAGGAGUUGAACGAUGGGUUGGAUUCUGGAGAGCCGCAAGCGUCGCGGGUGGAUGAGUCGGCGAAACAGGAAUUGCGAGCGAGAAGACCAUUGCAAGCGAGUGACAAUUUGACCGCAGCGUCGACGUCGGCACGAGAGCAACUAUUCGCGGGAAAGACGGUGGACAAUGAGACGAAAGAGACGGAAGUUCUAAUGUCACAUAAUCGAACGGAGCAGGAAGCUCUCACCACGGGCCUUCUGGGUCUCGCAAGAGCCCUGAAAGAGAGCUCAUUGAACUUCUCGAGUUCUUUGGAGGAGGAGAAGGCUGUAUUGGCGAGGGCGGAGGGAGGAUUGGAUAAGAGUGCUCAGGGGAUGGACGCGGCGGGUCAGAAGAUGAGUAUGUUGAGGAAGAUGAGUGAGGGACAAGGCUGGUGGGGACGGAUCAAGUUAUACGCGUUCAUCUUUGGGUUGUGGGUGGCGUGUUUUCUGAUUGUGUUUGUCGGACCGAAGUUGAGGUUUUGA